CUGGUACGCAGGGGCGCUCGGCGGCAAAGGCGGCUUUAAACGUCAUCGCGGGCGCGACGCCCGAGGGACAGUCUGGGGUCUGGCUGUCCGGAAGGUGCAGCGGCGAGAUAGGCCGCGAAGAUGCCAGUGGCGGUGAUGGCGGAAAGCGCCUUUAGUUUCAAAAAGUUGCUGGAUCAGUGCGAGAACCAGGAGCUCGAGGCCCCUGGAGGAAUUGCUACACCCCCAGUGUAUGGUCAGCUUCUAGCUUUAUAUUUGCUCCAUAAUGACAUGAAUAAUGCAAGAUAUCUUUGGAAAAGAAUACCACCUGCUAUAAAAUCUGCAAAUUCUGAACUUGGGGGAAUUUGGUCUGUAGGACAAAGAAUCUGGCAGAGAGAUUUCCCUGGGAUCUAUACAACCAUCAACGCUCACCAGUGGUCUGAGACGGUCCAGCCAAUUAUGGAAGCACUUAGAGAUGCAACAAGGAGACGCGCAUUUGCCCUGGUCUCUCAAGCGUAUACUUCAAUCAUCGCCGAUGAUUUUGCAGCCUUUGUUGGACUUCCUGUAGAAGAGGCUGUGAAAGGCAUAUUAGAACAAGGAUGGCAAGCUGAUUCCACCACAAGAAUGGUUCUGCCCAGAAAGCCAGGGGCCCUGGAUGUUUCCUUUAACAAGUUUAUUCCCUUAUCAGAGCCUGCUCCAGUUCCCCCAAUACCCAAUGAACAGCAGUUAGCCAGACUGACGGAUUAUGUGGCUUUCCUUGAAAACUGAUUUAUCACUCUGAGUUCAAGAUUCAUCUUCAGAAUCCUGUAUACUGACAAAUAUAGAAAUGUAAAGUUUGUAUUUUCAAUUUAUUGGAUGGCUUAAGCACCUCAGCAUUCCUUACCGAGUAUGUGAUAAAAUACAUAUAGAAUAUAAAAUUUACUAUAUACAUUUUGUCCUUAAACAUUAUGCUGAACAGUUGUUGAAACAGUUCUCAUUUUGUAAUAUUUAAUAAUCUGGAUGGAGCCCGUCAGUAUUACAGUUAGUUUGUUUUCUAGUGACUCAUAAAAUAAGAUUUCCUGUUUCAUGUAGAAUAGUGUUUGUCAACUGUCUUUUCUCUGUCACAGCACAUGCCAUACUCUUAUAUGUACCAUUGGUUGAUAAUUAUAAUGAUUCAUUUGGACUUGAAGAAAGAUUGUCCCCAGGCACAGUAUCUGAAUCACUGGGGAUUAUGAUUCACCCUCUUUGGAGAACGUGUUCUCUUUUCACCCCCCACCUCCUGAGAGCCAUUAAUGUAAAAUACAGAAACGUAGCUGAGGAACAAAUAGACCAUUUCCAUACUAAAUCAGUUUGUUAACUUUAGAUUUUUCCCAAUAGUGUGAGUAUAUCCAUUGCUGGCAGUGGAGGGCUUGCCAUGAAAAUGCCACUUAUUUAAGACAUUCAUGAGACAUAUUAACUUGUGCUGUCUCCUUUUAGAAGGGGAAACUUAAGUGUGGAAUGCAUUAUAUGGGCAAAGAAGCUAUGAAGAUACAUGAUACACUUUGUACAACUAUCCUGCAGCCCAUUGGUUGCUUAUAUUUAUCCCUUGGCUCAAGUUCUGCCCUUUGAAGGAAUACUGAGCAAGUCUUUCAUUCUCUGUGUGACAGCCCUCUGAAUAUUCGAAGUUGUCUGUUGUAACUUAAGGUUAUAACAGCCCUUAGUUCAUUUAUUCUGCAUUUGUUCAAUAAAUAUUUAACUGAAUUCUUCAAUUAUUUCAUCUAAGAUAGUUUCUGGAAAUUUCUCUUGAUCUUGCUGUGGACACAAUCUAUUUUGUUGUUGUCUCAAUAUGAAUCUCUUAAGUAGAAAUGAGCUGUAUGGUGAAUCUGUGUAGUGAUAAUUAUAUAAUUUAUUUAUUUUGAAUGCA